AGCCCUCUAGCCCCACCCCUAGGCAGGGGAGAGCAGGGCCCUCCAGCACAUAAGGCCUGGCCACUCCUCCCCCAGCACACUGGCCCUCCAUGGAAGCCUUGGUCUGUGCAUUCUCUGAGCUGCGCAUAAGAGAAGAUGCAGUGAGCUGGGCCGGAGGACACGCCAGCCACCCCGACAUACCACCCAACAUCUACGAGGGGGGGCUGGGGACCCAGCAGGAGCAGUGCCCCGGUGUCCAGGGAAGCAAGCCCAAGAACUUCCGGCUGCGCCACCUCCGGAGCCUGGCUCUCUACCUGCCGGGCCACAUGCAGCCCACCAGUAAGGCUGAGAGUGCCUUGCAGGGCCGGCUCCUGGUCGGAGACUGCCUGCCACAGCCUGAGGACUCAGCCUGGCCCCUGGACCUGCCACAGGGAGCUCGGGGUCCAGGUAACAGCCCCUGCUCAGCUUUUCUGGAAGCCCAACUGCCCAGGGACAGCCUGGGAAAUACAGCUUCCAGCUCCAGCAUGGACCCAGCAAAGGGUGUCCUCUUCCAGCCUGAGUCUCAUGAGAGCCUGGGGCUCCGACCCAAGAGGUCCUGGGGGACCCUGGAGGAGGCCAUGUGUCCCUUGUGCAAGAGAACCCGCUCUGGAGCCUUGGAGAGGUCAUAGGGAUCCCAGUGCCAGGGGUGGGGACAGUGGGGCAAGGAUGGCUGAGGAAGAGGCACCAGGUCCAGAGGAAGGACUCAGCCCAAACAGCGAUCCUCCCACUGGGAUGCCCCCUGCCCUCCGCAACUGCCCAGCUCCAGACCUGGGCCCGCCUCAGAAAAGCGCAGGGAGGGGGAAGUCCUGCGGGAGGGACAGAAGAAAUGGAAGCAUGGCCCUGCCCUUGCAGCCUGCCCCAAGUCCAGUCAGCCCCUUGUACCAGGGAGGCCAGGCCAAGACUCAGGGGAAUCAGGUUCCUGAGAGGCUAGAAAGCCUUCAGGUCUAAUCACAUUAAAAGCCAAGGCCUGCA